CCGUUUUUUUUUUUUUCCUCCUUUUUUUUUUUUUUUUGGUCAGCGCCGCAGCGGGGUUUCCGAGGCCCAGCAGGUGGGGAAGGCUUCUUCCCCCCCCACGGUGACCGAGCAUGUCGUCCACCGCGGCGUUUUGUCUUCUCUCCACCCUGGGAGGGUAUUUGGUGACCUCGUUCUUGCUGCUUAAAUACCCGACCUUGUUACACCAGAGGAAGAAGCAGCGAUUCCUCUGCAAACACAUCUCUCACCGCGGAGGUGCUGGAGAAAACUUGGAGAAUACAAUGGCAGCCUUUAAGCAUGCAGUAACAAUUGGAACUGACAUGCUAGAACUGGAUUGCCAUAUCACAAAAGAUGAACAAGUUGUAGUGUCACAUGAUGAAAAUCUAAAGAGGUCAACUGGGGUCAAUGUAAACAUCUCUGAAGUCAAGUAUUGUGAGCUUCCACCUUACCUUGGCAAACUGGACGUCCCAUUUCAAAAAGCAUGCCAGUGUGAAGGAAAAGAUAACCGAAUUCCAUUACUGAAGGAGGUUUUUGAGGCCUUUCCAAACAUCCCCAUUAACAUCGAUAUCAAAGUCAACAACAAUGUGCUGAUUCAGAAGGUUUCAGAAUUGGUGAAACAGUAUAAACGAGAACACCUAACAGUGUGGGGUAAUGCCAGUUAUGAAAUUGUAGAAAAGUGCUACAAAGAGAAUUCAGCUAUUCCUAUACUCUUCAGUCUACAGCGUGUUCUGCUCAUACUUGGCCUUUUCUUCACUGGCCUGUUGCCCUUCGUUCCCAUUCGAGAACAAUUUUUUGAAAUUCCAAUGCCUUCUAUCAUAUUGAAGCUAAAAGAACCACAUACCAUAUCCAAAGGCCAAAAGUUUCUCAUCUGGCUUUCUGAUAUCUUACUAAUGAGGAAAGCUUUAUUUGACCACCUCACUGCCCGAGGUAUUCAAGUGUAUAUUUGGGUUUUAAAUGAAGAACAAGAGUACAAGAGAGCUUUCGAUUUGGGAGCAACUGGAGUGAUGACAGACUAUCCCACAAAGCUUAAGGAUUUUUUACACAACUUUUCAGCAUAACGAAGCUACUCAAAAGUACUCCAAGGAAACAUGAAAAAAAUAUUUUAUCACUGUUUCCCCAAGAUAUUUCCAGAAUGGCAAAAGGUUUAAUCAGUUAAGUUUUUAUUACCUCAUUUUCAAGCCUCAAUGAGAAUGUAGAGACUGUUCUGUAUUGUACAUUUAUUUUCAACAAUAUUGCAUAUUUUACACUUGUAAAUUGUAAAAGAUAACUAGCUAUGAGAUAUAAAUAGGUUAUUGAGCAACAUGUCUGUACAUGAUGCAGUAUUGUACUACUGUAGUUCUGAAAUCAAAGACAAGAGGCUAAGUUGGCAUUGGAAUAAGAUCACCCAACUUAGUAAGAGAAAAUCAUUGAACCAGGUAGAGUGGUACAAACUUGUAAUCCCAGCACUCAGGAAGCUAAGACAGGAGGAUCACAAAUUUGAGGCCCUCCUGGGUUAUAUAGUGAGACCAUGUCUUAAAGAAUUUAAAAAAAGAAAAAAGAAUUACUGAAGGCCAUGACAGCUAUUUGGGGUUGUCUUGUUAUUUCUAGGUGAUUUUAGUUUCAAGGGGAAAAGGCAGUAGGAGAAGAGUUUGAAAAUCAUUGAAGUAAUAUGGCAAGUUAGACACUUAACAGAAGGAAGAUCAUAAAUGACAAUGUUUAUUACAUGUUCAGAAAUAAAGUCUGAAGGCUAAAUUAUAUUUCAAUUGCUAUUAUUGAUAAUGGGGACAUUGUAUUUGGAAUCCUUUUCAGCUGUGCAUAAAUGCUACUAUAUUUAUUUAUUUAUUUUUUGAGGUAGUGUCUCACUCUAGCCCAGGCUGACCUGGAAUUCACCAUGGAGUCUCAGGGUGACCUCGAAAUCCAGUGAUCCUCCUACCUCUACCUCCCGA